GGUUGAAAUUUUUAUUUAUUAUUUAUUAAGAAUUAAAUAUUAAAAAUUGUACAAUUUAAUAUUCGCGUAAAUGGCAUGCAAAUGAAGUUGUUAUGGAAAAUAGAAAUACAUUAAUUUGGUUCCAUUUCUCUAUUUAAACGCAACACGCGGCGUUGUUUACUCCUACGCCACGAUACAGCCACUCAUUCUGACGUUAUUAAAAUAUUUUUCCAUUUAAACGGGAAGGAUGGAAGAUAUUCUAGGACAGGCUAUGCGGCCGCCAAUUAACUUAAAAGAAUUUCUUAAGAAUUACCAAGACAUACUUAAACCUCCUUACACCUUACCAGUCACAGACAUAAAAUUACAAAAGUCUAUGAAGUUGUUGGAAGACCAUGAGCGUUUUCAAGAGGCUGAAGAAAAUUGUUCUUUGGAAAUAUUGGAGACUUCUGAUGAUGCUCGAAUAACAGACUUUAUUCCGGGUUUCACAGAACUACCACGUAAAUCUAUUACGGAACUCCCUACAGAUGCUUUGCCAUUGAGAACCGUGACAACUUUGCUUAAAUUGAAAGAGAACACGCAAAAAAAUCCCUUUCAACGUUCCACCGAUAUUUACUCAUUGAUCAAGUUGCCAACUGCAAUAGCUGAAAAGGAAGAGUACACACCCGGACAAGAAUUAAAAAUCUAUAUACGUGUUUAUCGCCCUGCUCGAGCAACACAUGAACAUCGUACUUUAGAGAAACCAGUCUUGGCUGAGGAAUUUGAAUGUUUGGGAUCAAAUUUCUUAACUGAACUGCGCGAUAAAAUACAAUGCGUUUGUAAUCAUAAGCGAUUCUUUGAUAUAAGUGAAAAUCCAGAGGCACCUUUGCCGUCAAAAGAAACUGAACCAGGAUAUUUUUUUAUAACUGAUACAUUCUAUAAUGACAAAAGAAAUCCUUUAAAUGCCGACUAUUCGACGAAUAUACGUGAAUGGGCUCGAAAUGCCAAGGGCUUACAAAAUGUAAAAUUUAAAACGGCUCUCAUGGAGGAGACACGUUUUAUCGAUUUAACAGUUAGUUUGGGAUUCCCGCAACAUUAUCAACACCAUGGUAAUUGUGAGCAUGUCUUCGUGUUCUCUCAAUUAGAGGUGAUAGCUACACCAGCAACGCAAAUGUUGCCGCGUUAUUAUUACCCGCGAUUGAAAUCUUACAGUCAUUUUAAUAAUCGUUUAUGUAAUACUUGUGGUAAUUUACAUUUUGUCUAUGUAGUUGAAGGGAGUAAUCGCCAAGUGCAUGAUCCGGCUUAUAUGUGUAAAAAAUGUUUCCUCUCCUAUCAUUACAUUGAUGGGAAAAAAGUUGGCCAAUUUCGUGCAUAUCGUUUGAUUGAUUGCAACAACGAAUCAGAAGAAAUGAAAGAUGAGGGAAAUCCUGCGGGAUCAACUGUCGAUGUAGAUUCGAUGGAUAACUUAGCAAGUAUUUUAGACGGAUCCUAUGAAGAAGAAGAUGAUGCAGAAGCGAGUAAUGCAAGGAUUAAGGCAGAAGUUAAAGCCAAACAAAAAUAAUGAUACGAAAAAUUACGAUUGCAUGCAAAAUGAAGUAACUUUAUGAAAAAGAAACGACGGUAAUUGUAGGGCAAUUGUAAGAA